CUCCCUCCCUCUCUCUCUCUCUCCCUCCUUCCUCUCGCUCUUUCUCUCACUCCCCUGGUCUGGACUUCUCUUUCGUGCCCAAAGCUGUGUGAUCUCUCUGGGAAUGUGGCGCUCUCUGGCUCUGCUUCUGCUUGGAUUCUCAGCACUGGUGCAGGUCUCUGUGCAGGGCCCUUACCAGAGGUCUCUGCUGAAGAGCCUGCUGAAGGACUAUAACCGCAUGGAGCGGCCGGUGGCCAACGACUCCCUGCCUCUGACCGUGGUGCUGUCCAUGAGCCUGGUGCAGAUUAUGGACGUGGAUGAGAAGAACCAGGUCCUCACCACCAACAUAUGGGUAAAUAUGAAAUGGUUCGACCACUACCUAAAGUGGAACCAGACGGAGUAUCCAGGUGUGAAGAACCUGAGGUUCACCACAGAUCAGGUGUGGACGCCUGACAUCCUGCUCUAUAACAGUGCCGAUGAUAAAUUCGACUCCAUGUUUAAGACCAACGUGCUCUGCAACUCCAGCGGCUUCUGUGAAUACCUGCCACCAGGAAUUUUCAUGAGCACCUGUAAUGUCGACGUGCGCUGGUUCCCCUUCGACAUCCAGAAGUGCGAGCUCAAGUUCGGCUCGUGGACGUUCGACGGCUGGCUGCUGGACCUGCAGAUGACCGACGCCGACAUCUCCGGAUACAUGCCCAACGGGGAGUGGGACCUUGUGGGCGUACCGGGCACCAGGAACGAGGUGUUCUACGACUGCUGUAAGGAGCCGUAUCCGGACGUAACGUUUGUAGUGACCAUCCGGCGGCGGACGCUCUACUACGCCCUGAACCUGCUCAUCCCCUGCAUGCUCCUCUCCUCCAUGACCCUGCUGACCUUCCUGCUGCCCGCCGACUCUGGGGAGAAGAUCUCUCUGGGUAUCACUGUCCUUCUCUCCCUGACCGUCUUCAUGCUCUUGGUGGCAGAGAUUAUGCCAGCCACUUCAGACUCCAUUCCUUUAAUAGGGCAGUACUUUGCCAGUAUAAUGAUCAUUGUGGGGAUGUCAGUCAUCGCUACCACGGUGGUUCUGCAGUAUCACCAUCAUGACCCGACUGGAGGCACCAUGCCCAAGUGGGUGCAGCUGGUGCUGCUGCAGUGGGUGGCGUGGUUCCUGCGUAUGAAGCGUCCGGGCGAGGGCGACGACAUCGAGCGCCCGCCGUGUGCCCCCCACCUCCGCCGCUGCUCCUCGGGCUCCCAGAGCGGCAGCCUGCCCAACGCGGCGGCGCCCAGCCUCUCGGCCACCGCCGCCGACCUACACCACCACCAGCACAACCACAACCACACGCUCCACCACCACCACCACCACUCCCCGCACCCGCUCCUGCCGCUGCACCCCCAGAACCUCCUAGUGGGGGCGCCGUCGCACAUGCAUGCCCAGAACAGCACCAACAACAACGCCGGCCUGCUCUACAUCGGCUUCCCCAGCCUGGACGACCCAGCCUCCUCCCCCCCGCUCACUGAGCCCCUCGCCAGGGGCGGGGUCCCCACCGGGCCGCGGAGCGCCGCCCCGGGGGGCAACAACAACAACACGGCGGCCAGCCCACCUCCGCAUCUCCCCUCGCAGUUCUGUGGCCCCCCGGCGGCCGCGCCGAGCCUGGAGACCCCCGGCUGCGCUAGCAGUGCGUCCAGCAGCGGGGUGGGCGGAGGCGGGGGGGCAGGGGGAGGGGGCUGCUCGUGCUCGGGGGCCAGCGGCGCCGGCGGCGACCCCCAGCUGCAGGCCAUCCUGGACGAGGUGCGCUACAUGGCCGACCACUUCCGCACGCAGGACGAGAACGAGAGCGUGGCAGACCAGUGGAAGUUCGCCGGCGCGGUCAUCGACCGCCUCUGCCUGGUGGCCUUCAGCGUCUUCAACAUCAUCUGCACCAUCUCCAUCCUCAUGUCCGCGCCCAACUUCGUGGAGGCCGUUUCCAAGGACUUCAUCUGAAGACAGACGACGGACAAACAGGAAGAGGCAAGUGGGGAACGAGACGCAGGGGGAGGGGGAGGAAGAGGAGGAAGAGGAGGAGUAGAACAAGAGGAAGGACAAAGGGGCAAAUACAAAGGAGUACGGGGGCUACAGGCUGUAAUGGUACACGACAGACACGGAGGCUAGCAUAGUGCAAAAGCCAUCUUCUGAAACCACAGGAGGAGAAGGGCUUGAGGAGGUCCUGCUGUAGGUCAGUCCAUGCGGAGCUCUGCUAUGAUGAACUCUAACGCUCUGAUGUCCGCCAACAGACGAGGAGAGAGGAGCAGAGCAGAGCGUGGAGCACUUGUGAGUGGUUCUCACUGUCUGUGCUCUGUGACAUUAGCCAUUCGGUUUUUACAGUAACACAACACACACACACACACACACACACACACACACCACACACACACACACAUAUAAUGACUACAGACACUCUUCUACUGACCAGCCUUUGUUUGCACUCAGACGGAUGGAUGUGUUCAAUGACUCAAGAAUUAUCAUUCUAUUAAGCCUUGCGAAAUGGAGUGGGAAACCCCAGGGCCAUUAUUACCAUCAUCAUCAUCAUCAUCAUCACCAUCAUCACCAUCAUCAUCUUAAGAUCACUAUCAUCAUCAUCUUCAUUGUCAUCAUCAUUAAAGUUAGAAACCACAAAUCAUGCGGCUGCUUUUGCUAAAGCAGAGAGGGAGCAGUGUUUAGCUUGGGCUGAAGAAAGCAGAAGUCAGAGAGAGACGCACAAACAAGAGUAGGACAGAGAGAGAGAGAGAAAGAUAGAGGGAAGAAAGAGAGGAAUAGAAAAACAGAGAGAGAGAGAGAGAGAGCAGAACAGAAAGACAGACAGAGAGACAGAGAGAGAAAGAGAGAGGGUACAAUGGCUGGAUGAAUGGGAGCAUUGGGGCUAACAGAGAUGUCCAUACGACAUGUACGACAGUGGGUGGUAUCGAUUGGGGACACACACACACACACACGCACGCACGCACGCACGCACGCACGCGCACACACACACACACACACACAGAGCAGACAGAGGAAAGAGGGCAAAUGAGGCUGAGCAUGUCUCCCACCUGGACAACGAUAAGGAUGGAUGGAGAGAUAACAGAAGAAAGAGAGGGGAGAGAUGAAUGAGAACGGAGAGAUGAAUGAGAUGGGAACAGAGAUGGAGAAGAG